ACUCCGCGCCCUUGUGCUCACAGUGCCAAAAGGCACCCGCCCCAAUAGAAAAGGCGCAGUGCAUGCCCGCCCGCGUCACUCCGCGGGCGGAGGACGCACGUCGGGGCGCGGCUCCCUAGCUAGCGCGAGGCUCAGGCUCUGUCAUUCGCGCCCUGUGGGGGACCCGGAGCACCCGAGCGCCUGCCUGGCGGCGGCGGCAACAAUGCACAGAACAGCCCGCGCUCCAGCCGCCAGCGUGAGUGCGGACUGCUGCAUCCCGGCCGGCUUGCGCCUCGGGCCGGUGCCAGGCACCUUCAAGCUGGGCAAGUACCUGUCAGACCGCAGGGAACCCGGGCCCAAGAAAAAGGUGCGCAUGGUGAGAGGGGAGCUGGUGGACGAGUCGGGGGGCUCCCCUCUGGAGUGGAUAGGGUUAAUCCGGGCAGCCAGGAACCCCCAGGAACAGACUCUGGAAGCUAUUGCAGACUUACCGGGAGGACAGAUCUUCUACCGGGCUUUGCGAGAUGUCCAGCCAGGGGAGGAGCUGACUGUGUGGUAUUCUAACUCUUUGGCGCAGUGGUUCGACAUCCCCACGACUGCAACUCCGACCCACGACGAGAAAGGGGAGGAACGCUACAUUUGCUGGUACUGCUGGAGGACGUUUAGAUACCCCAACAGCCUUAAGGCACAUCUGCGUUUCCACUGCGCGCUCAGCGGCGGUGGGGGAGGCACCUUCCUGCACCCAGAGCACGCUGCCCGCCAGGGCGCUGCCCCCACGGCGGAUGGCCUCGGCGUCUCCCAGAAACCGUCGGCUCCUGACUUCGCCACUGCGGCCCAGACGGGUGCUUUGCGGCCGCACCCCCAGAGCCUACCACCCACUCAGGCCUGCGGGGCGAGGGACAGCAUCAAGCGUGAGGUCUCCUCUGCACCCUUGGCCACCUCCCCGCCCCCAGGCAAGUGGGGGCCGCCCAAGAAGGUCAGGGAGCAGCUGGACCGAGCCCUGGACAUGAGCGGGGCCAGCCGAGGACAUAGCCACUUUCUCGGCAUCGUGGGCGGUUCCCCAGCGGGGGGCGGCGGCCUGGCCUUCUACCCCGGCGUGCGCUCAGCUUUCAAGCCUGCCGGCUUGGCUAGGGCGGCAGUGGCAGCUCACUGCGAUUCCUACCGGGAGGAGAACGGCGGUAAGCACGGGGCCGGCCUAGCCUUAGGCAGGUUGCUGGGUGGGGGCCGGGCAGGCGGGCGCCCCGGGAGCGGGGAGAACCCAGCGACGGGAGGCGCCGGCCACCACCAUCACCACCACGCACACCACCAUCACCACCAUCCCAAGUGUUUGCUAGCAGGGGACCCGCCACCGCAGCCUCCGUCGGGCCUGUCCUGCUCAGGGGCCCUGAGCAGUUUCCCUAUGCUCCCAGUACCGCCGGAAGAGGCAUCCCCAUUCAAGCACGUGGAGCGCGUCCCUCCCGCCGCCGCGGCGGUGCUGCCCGGAGCGCGUUACGCGCAGCUGCCCCCAGCGCCCGGGCUCCCCCUGGAGCGCUGCGCUCUGCCGCCCCUCGACGCGGGCGGGUUCAAGGCCUUUCCUGGUGGCGAGUGCAGCCACCUGCCAGCCGUCAUGCCGGCCUUUACCGUUUACAACGGGGAGCUGCUCUACGGCUCACCAGCCGCCGCUUAUUACCCGUUCAAACUGCACUUUGGCGGGCUGCUGAAGUAUCCGGAGUCUAUCUCCUACUUCGGCGGGCCCGCGGCAGCCGCUCUGGGCCCGGCUGAGCUGGGCUCCCUGGCCAGCAUCGACCGAGAGAUCGCCAUGCACACUCAGCAGCUGUCUGAAAUGGCGGCCGGGAAGGGUCGUGGCCGCCUGGACUCGGGGACACUGCCACCGGCGGUAGUGGCGGGGGGCGGCGCUGGGGGUAGUGUCAGCGGGGGCGGCGGCGCAGGCAAGCCCAAGACCGGCCACCUGUGCCUCUACUGUGGCAAGCUGUACUCGCGCAAGUACGGGCUCAAGAUCCACAUGCGGACGCACACGGGCUACAAGCCACUCAAGUGCAAAGUGUGCCUGCGGCCCUUUGGCGACCCGAGCAAUCUCAACAAGCACAUCCGGCUGCACGCCGAGGGCAACACGCCCUACCGGUGCGAGUUCUGCGGCAAGGUGCUUGUACGCCGCAGGGACCUGGAGCGCCAUGUCAAGUCCCGCCACCCGGGCCAGAGUCUGCUCGCCAAGGCAGGCGACGGCCCAGGUGCAGAGCCCGGCUAUCCCAUGGAGUCUGGGGAUCCCAAGAGUGAAGACAGUGACGUGGACGUCUGCUUCACCGACGACCAGAGCGACCCAGAGGCUGGGGGCGGCCCCGAGCGCGACUGUUAAUGAGUCUUUUAGGGAAGGGGAGGGGCGAGGGAGUCUGGAAAAAGAACUUCUCUGGUGAGAAGGACUCGUUUGACAAAAUCAUUUUUGUUUUGGGGAGGGCGCCAGAUUUGGAACAGAGAGAGGUCCCAUGUCCAAUGCGGAAACUCGGACUUCAAGUUGAGAAGGGCCUUAAAGAAAUCUGGCCUACUGGGCAGCUAGAGGGUGGCCAGCCCCUUUUCCCCACCCCCACCCCGCACCCCAGGCAUCCUGGACCUCUUGGAUAGGCUUACACCGCGUCGCCCAAGCGUUUUGCUCUUGGGGUUUAAGAUCACAUUAAUGCAAACGUCACAACCCUCGAGGGGCGUUGGAUUUUAAUUGCCACGUAUUUUUAAAUUGUACUUUUCUGUGGAGGAAAUUGUGCCUUUUGAAACGACGAUUUGUGUGUAUUUUACAUUAGCAUUUCAUUGCGUAGUCAAAACAGUAGUCGCAAUUCGGUGGCUGUGACGUCCAUACACUUGUUUUCCAUUUUAUCUGUUCCCAUGUCAAAGGCUACGCCUUGCCUCAUUGAAUAUGUAGUGUUAGCAGGUGUACAAAUUGUUCAAGUCGCAAUUAUUUAUAAGAGAAUAAUUAUAAAUGUAAAAUAUCUAAAGCAUGAAUCUAAGAGCACGCAAUAUAUAAUUUUAAAGAAAAUAUUCUAUUUGUUAGAAUAUAAAUGUAGUGUAUGUUGUUUUAUAAUGAAUGGUGUAAAUUUGAUACAGUAUUUUGGUCUUGGUUCCAGAUUGUGCAAUCCUUAAGAAAAAUAAAGAUACAAAUGGGA